GGCAGAGUAUAUGAUUAGAGAUAAUCUUGACCUGCGUCCUUAUCGAUGUUGGCGUUACGUGUGGGUCACACCUGCACACUUCCCAGGACAGACGCAACAGCUAACAAUGGACAUGAGAAUUAUCCUGCUUGUGGUAUUCAGUGUGACAAUGGCGUGGGGAGAACCUGUGGCCAUGACACACUCGUCAGACUGUCCGGAAGCUGAAGUGUGUCCACUCCACCCCGAGGCCAAGUGCUACAAGGACUGCUGGACACUGCGUGGUCUGAACGAGUGCACUUUUCAUUUCUAUGACGACCAGGACAGGAGAGUUGUUUGCUUUUUUCAAUAAAGCAAGACGCCCAGCUGAAGAAACAUGUAUUUGACAAUACACCAUGAGGAAUUUGUA